GCGGGGCCGAGCCAUGAGCUCAGACAGCAGCCGGCUGCUGGGGGCCCAGCACCCAGGCUACGGGACACUGCGGCCAGACAUGGACCUGGCCCACAUGGAGGUCACGGGUUACCAGCGCAGGACGUGGCGGGUGCUGCUGUGCCACGCGGGCUCCGUGCUGAGCGCGGGGCUGCUCCUGUUGCUCUUCCACUGGAAGCCGAGCCUGGAAGUGCAGGCCAAGUGUGAGCCCUGUGCCCUGGGUCAGGCAGACUGGGUCAUCAUCAGGGACCGUUUUGGGCAGUGCUUCACCACCAGGGUGCUGACGGAGAUGCUGGGUGAGGCCAGUUCCCCCUGGAGCAGCCUGGAGCAACUCCCCAGGGCCCAGCAGGACCGCAGGAGCAGCGUCGCCAUCACUGUGCCAGACGAGGAUGAGAGCCGUGACACCGUCCAGCUCCACGACAAGGACGAGCAGAAGAGCAUCCUGAGGUAUUACCUGUUCCAGGGAAUGCGCUACGUGUGGCUGGAGCGGCAGCAGGCCUUCUGCAGAGUCAGUGUCCUGGAUGAGGGCUGGACCUGCGCAGAGCUGCACCUGAGCCGGGCUGGGCUGCACCAGCAGGAGCACAGUGCCAGGAGGAAGAUCUAUGGCCCCAACCUCAUCGAGGUGCCUGUCAAGUCCUAUGCCAGGCUCCUGGUGGAGGAGGUGCUGAACCCCUUCUACAUGUUCCAAGUGCUCAGCAUGGUGCUGUGGGUGUGUGAUGCCUAUUACUACUACGCCGCCUGCAUCUUCCUCAUCUCCACCUUCUCACUAGGGCUGUCCCUGUACGAGACGCGCAAGCAAAGCACCACGCUGCGGAACAUGGCUAGGAUGUCUGUGGGGGUCCAGGUGCGGCGGCCCGGCGGAGAGGAGCUGGUGGUCAGCUCAGCAGAGCUGGUUCCUGGGGACUGUAUCCGUCUGCCUGCGGCUGGGGCACUGCUACCGUGCGACGUGGCACUGCUGACUGGAGAGUGCAUGGUCAACGAGAGCCUGCUGACCGGGGAGAGCGUGCCAGUGAUGAAGACGCCGCUGCCGGUGAGUGGGCAGGCAGGCAGCACCACGUACUGCCCUGAGGAGCACCGGCGGCACACGCUGUUCUGUGGGACACAGCUCAUCCAGGCCAAGGCCUACGCAGACAGCGAGGUGCUGGCCGUGGUCACCCGCACAGGGUUCUGCACGGCCAAGGGGGACCUCAUCAGCUCUAUCCUCUACCCCAAACCUGUGAGCUUCAAGUUCUACAAGGACGCCGUGAAGUUCGUGCUGUUCCUCGCCAUCCUGGGUCCCUGUGGGACAGAUCAUCAUCCGCGCCCUGGAUCUGGUCACUGUCAUCGUGCCACCGGCACUACCGGCCGCCAUGACCGUGGGCACCAUCUACGCCCAGAACCGGCUGAAGAAACAGGGAAUCUUCUGCAUCAGCCCUCCCCGGAUCAACCUGUGCGGGAAGAUCCGCCUGGUGUGCUUCGACAAGGUGAGCCAGGCUGGGCGGGCGGGCAGCGCCAGAGCUCGCUGGGGCUCUCCGCACCCACCACGUGCUGGCCGUGCCCACAGACCGGCACGCUGACCCAGGAGGGGCUGGACGUGUGGGGUGUGGUACCCCUGGAGCAGCAGCGCUUCCUGCCCAUGGUGCACAAGCCUCGCUGCCUCCCCUCUGGAGCCCUGCUCUACGCCCUGGCCACGUGCCACGCCGUGUCACCGCUGCGGGGACAGCUCAUCGGGGACCCUGUGGACCUCAAAAUGCUGGAAUCCACCGGCUGGCGCCUGGAGAUGAUGGAGGAGGAGGAGGGGGAGCUCCCGGCCUUCCAGCAGUUCGAGAUGAAGGUCUUGGCUGUGGUGAAACCUCCGCCAGAGGAAGAGCAGCCCCAGGACAGGAGACACCAGGCCCCUGUGGGGAUCCUGCGGCGUUUCCCAUUCUCCUCCUCCCUCCAGAGGAUGAGUGUCCUGGUCAAGCUGCCCGGGGAGGCCUCGGCCCACGCCUACGUCAAGGGCGCCCCAGAGAUGGUGGCCAGUCUGUGCAGGAAGGAAACUGUGCCCCCGGAUUUCUCCCAGAUGCUCCGGCACUACACCUCCGACGGCUUCCGGGUCCUGGCUCUGGCCUACAAAGCCCUGGGCUCGGUGGCCACUUUUGAGGAGGCCUUGCAGCUGCCCAGGGACUCCGUGGAGAGUGGCUUGAACUUCCUGGGGUUCCUGGUGAUGAAGAAUGUCCUGAAGCCAGAGUCUGCCCCAGUGAUCCAGCUGCUGCGCAGUGCCAACAUCCGCCCCGUCAUGGUCACAGGGGACAACAUGCUGACAGCCCUGAACGUGGCACGGGGGUGCUGCAUGGUGGAGCCCAGGGAGCGUGUGAUCUUCGUCACGGCCUCACCACCUGGCCACGACAAACCCGCCACCCUCAAGUUCGUCCUGGCUGAGCACUCCCAGGGUGAGGAGCAGCCUGAGGGCUUGCAGCAGAGGGACAGCUCCUCCAUCCCAGCCCAGCACUGCCACCUGGCCCUCAACGGGAAAUCCUUCCAGGUGGUGUGCGAGCACUUCUCCGACCUCCUGCCCCGGAUCCUGCUCCGGGCUACCGUGUUUGCCCGCAUGCUGCCUGAGCAGAAGACCCAGCUGGUGAGCAGCCUGCAGGAGCUCAAUUACUGUGUGGGGAUGUGCGGGGACGGUGCCAACGACUGCGGAGCGCUGCGGGCAGCCGACGUCGGCAUCUCCCUGUCUGAGGCCGAGGCGUCGGUGGCCUCACCCUUCACCUCCCGCGUGGCCACCAUCGAAUGUGUGCCCAGGGUGAUCCGGGAGGGCCGGUGCUCCUUGGUCACCUCCUUCGGGGUCUUCAAGUACAUGGCCCUGUACAGCCUGGUCCAGUUUGUGUCCGUGCUCCUGCUCUAUACUAUCAACACCAACCUGAGCGAUUUCCAGUUCCUGUUCUUUGACCUGGUCAUCACCACCACGGUGGCCGUGCUGAUGGGGCGCACAGGGCCAGCGCCGGCGCUGGGCUUGCAGCGGCCACAGGGAGCCCUGAUCAGUGGGCUGGUGCUGGGCAGCCUUCUGCUGCAGACAGCCCUGCUCAUCGCCGUGCAGGUCCUCAGCUACUUCAUCACUGUCUCACAGAGCUGGUACGUCCCUCUGAACAGCACGGUGACAGCACCCCAGAACCUGCCCAACUAUGAGAACACUGUCCUGUUCUGCAUCAGCGGCUUCCAGUACCUCAUCCUGGCCGUGGCCAUGUCCAAGGGCUACCCCUUCCGCGAGCCGCUCUACACAAACGUGCUCUUCCUGCUCGUCCUUGUCCUGCUCUUUGGCCUGAUGGUCUGGCUCACCCUGUACCCGCUGGGCUUUCCCAAAUCCCUGCUGAAGCUCCAGCCCAUCGAGGAUUUCAAUUUCAAGCUCCUCCUCUUGGGCAUCGCAGCCCUCAACUUCUUUGCUGCCUUUGUGCUGGAGACUGCCCUGGAUCACGGCUUGCUUGGCUGCUUCCGAAGGCUGCGCCGGAAAAAAGCCUCCAAGAAGCUUUUCAAGAGGCUGGAGAAGGAGCUGAGCCAGCAGCAGCCAGCCUGGCCACCCCUGGACCAGCCCCUGUUUGCCACACCCAGGAUGUCCCUGGCCGUGAGAUAGCAGUGCCAGCUGUGCCCUCUGCCCCAGCCCUCAGAUGCUUCCUUUAUUUAUUUAUCCCAGAAAAAGCAGGGGUGUGGUGGGUAGGAUCCCUCGGCAUCACAGAUGUGAAUCCCAUGUCCAUGGUGACCCCAUGGCCACAAUGAUCCUGUGGUCUUACUGAUCCCAUGGUCACAGUAAUCCCACAGCCAUGCUGAUCCCAUGGCCACGCUGAUCCUGUGGCCACAUUGAUCCCACAGCCGUGGUGAUCCUACAGCCUCACUGAUCCCGUGACCAUAGUGGUCACACAGCCACACUGAUCCUGUGGCCACGCUGAUCCUGUGGCCACAGCCCAGAGGAGCCGGUGGUGGAGGAGGAAGGAGUGAGAAGAUCCCAAGGAAGAGGAGGAUCCAGCCCUGCUCUUCCUGCAUGAUUCCCCCCACUCCCACGCUGGCCACCAUGGCCAGCUGGGCCUGUCGUGGCCGGCCCAGGCCACCAGGAAGGAGGUCCCUGAUGUCCCCAGCACCCCCAGCUGUUUCACUGUGAUGCCCCAGUCCCCUCUAGAUGUGUAGGGAGUUUACAGUCCCCAUUCCCGGCUUGCCAGGGCUGCUGCUCCAUCCCCAGCAUCUGGGCCCCUUCUCCACUUGGAAUGCUCGGGCAGAGCACCUCUGCUGUGGGAUGGGACCUCUGUAGCAUUACAGACCCCACAAAAUCUCUAUUUUUUAACUCCUUCCCCCACGCCUCGGGCCGUGUCAGCUGUCGGGAAGGUGGCAGCGCCACUCGCGGGUUCCGGCCGGGGCCGUCACGGGUCUGGAUCAAUAAAUUAACACUUAUUUUCUUGUCUGCUGGUCCGUGCUGCCUGCUGGGAUGGAUUGGGGUGAGUAUCUGUGGAGUACAAAGAGGUUUCAGGGUCACCUCGUUCCCAGCCAGGCUGAGAAAUGCUCGGCUCAAUGCUCGAAAGCAGGGACUGGAGCCAGGGAUGACUCCACUGGGAUUCCUGCAGCCCAAACCGAGCUGAACAGCCUCUCUCCAGCUGGAAUUUCCUAGAAAAUAACAAUACUCGCUGGAAAUGCCCAGGUGUCCUAGCCAAGACUCGGAAACCUCGUUCCUUCCACCGAGGAGAAGCUGGGAGCUGGAGACGCCGCAUCCCAAAGGCGAAGAGUAGCCCGCGGGGGAGGGUCUGUGCUCCCCGCGCCCCCCUCCCGGCGUUUUCCAGUUACCUCCCAGCAUCCCGGGCUGGUUCCUGCAGGGAUUCCUGCCAUGGAAAGUCUGAGCCCCCUCUGAGCGCCGGCGGCGCCUCUCUGCCCUCGGGAGCUGGGGAUUAGGUCAGGAAAUGAGGCACAGGCAGAGGUAAGAGGUUUCCUGAAGG